AUGUGCCAGGCCCGCAACACGGGCCACGAGACGCCCGGCCAAACCCUUCUACGGAAAAAGUUGAAAGACGCUCAGAAUUCCAGCGAAACGCCCAAAUGCGUAUUAUUCAAUUAUUGCAAAGAAAUGAAUGCUGGUAGACCUGUAUAUGCAUCGCAUCAACGUAUCGAAGACAAACGGUUUGAAGGAAGUGUCGAAGUUUUCGGGAAGAAAUUUCGAUCCCGUAAGGGACAACCAAACAUACGAAUGGCUGAACAGGUGGCGGCUCUGGCCGCUCUUAUUGGAUUGAAUUUGAGGCAUCGGUUAAAAGGAGAGUGGGAGGAAUAG